ACGCGAACACGCCGGUAGUGAUGUCGCGAGAUUUGGAGCUCGCGGGAAAACUUGUUUGCGCGUGUGAGUGGGGUGCGCGCGCGCGGGACAUUAGAGUGUCUGACCCUGGGAACUCGGGCUGGAAUGAGCCUCUGGGUGGACAAAUACCGGCCCUGCUCCUUGGGACAGCUGGACUAUCACAAGGAGCAGGCGGCCCAGCUGCGCAACCUGGUACAGUGUGGUGACUUUCCACAUCUGUUAGUGUAUGGACCAUCAGGUGCUGGAAAAAAGACAAGAAUUAUGUGUAUUCUACGUGAACUUUAUGGUGUUGGAGUGGAAAAAUUGAGAAUUGAACAUCAGACCAUCACAACUCCAUCAAAAAAGAAAAUUGAAAUUAGCACUAUUGCAAGCAAUUAUCACCUUGAAGUUAAUCCUAGUGAUGCUGGAAAUAGCGAUCGGGUAGUAAUUCAGGAGAUGCUGAAAACAGUGGCACAAUCACAGCAACUUGAAACAAGCUCUCAAAAAGAUUUUAAAGUUGUGUUAUUGACGGAAGUUGACAAACUCACUAAAGAUGCUCAACAUGCCUUGCGCAGAACCAUGGAAAAGUAUAUGUCUACCUGCAGAUUGAUCUUGUGUUGCAAUUCUACAUCUAAAGUGAUACCACCUAUUCGUAGUAGGUGCCUUGCAGUUCGUGUACCUGCUCCCAGCAUUGAAGAUAUUUGCCAUGUGUUAUCUACUGUGUGUAAGAAGGAGGGUCUAAAUCUUCCUCCACAACUGGCUCAUAGACUUGCAGAGAAGUCCUGCAGAAAUCUUAGAAAAGCUCUGCUUAUGUGUGAAGCCUGCAGAGUGCAACAAUAUCCUUUUACUGCAGAUCAAGAAAUCCCUGAAACAGAUUGGGAGGUGUAUCUGAGAGAGACUGCCAAUGCCAUUGUCAGUCAACAAACUCCACAGAGGCUCCUUGAAGUUCGUGGAAGACUGUAUGAGCUUCUAACUCAUUGUAUUCCUCCUGAAAUAAUAAUGAAGGGCCUUCUCUCAGAGCUUUUACAUAAUUGUGAUGGACAACUGAAAGGAGAAGUGGCCCAGAUGGCAGCUUACUAUGAACAUCGUCUACAACUCGGUAGCAAAGCCAUUUAUCACUUGGAAGCGUUUGUGGCCAAAUUUAUGGCACUUUAUAAGAAGUUCAUGGAGGAUGGAUUGGAAGGCAUGAUAUUCUGACAUCUCUCAGUAAUUCUUCCUAAUAUUUCUCAGUAUCAUCAUUUAUGUUCAAUUUAUAUUGGAAGAGCUGCAGGUAAAAUAAACUAACAUUACUUAAUUA